GCGGCGCCCUGGCUCCCGGUUCGGCGCGGGCGCGGGAUUCGCCGCCGCGGGCUCCCGGCGCCGCGGCUCAGGAUGCGCGCCGGGCAGGGCGCGGCGCGGGCCCCGGUGCUCCAGUUCACCAACUGCCGCAUUCUGCGGGGCGGGGCGCUGCUCAGGGAGGAUCUGUGGGUGCGCGGGGGCCGCAUCCUGGACCCGGAGAAGCUGUUCUUCGAGGAACGGCUCGUGGCCGACGAGCAGCGGGACUGCGGGGGCCGCAUCCUGGCGCCCGGCUUCAUCGACGUGCAGAUCAACGGUGGAUUUGGUGUUGACUUCUCCCAGGCCACGGAGGAUGUGGGUUCAGGGGUCGCCCUGGUGGCUCGGAGGAUCCUGUCGCAUGGUGUCACUUCCUUCUGCCCCACCCUGGUCACUUCCCCACCGGAGGUUUAUCACAAGGUCCUUCCUCAGAUCCCUGUGACGAGUGGUGGUCCCCAUGGGGCAGGGGUCCUCGGGCUGCACCUAGAGGGUCCGUUCAUCAGCCGGGAGAAGCGGGGCGCGCACCCCGAGGCCCACCUCCGCUCCUUUGAGGCCAACGCCUUCCACGAUGUGUUGGCCACCUACGGGCCCCUGGACAACGUCCGCAUUGUGACGCUGGCCCCCGAGCUGGGCCGCAGCCACGAGGUGAUCCGGGAGCUGACAGCACGUGGCAUCUGUGUGUCCCUAGGGCACUCGGUGGCUGACCUGCGGGCAGCAGAAGCAGCGGUGCAGAGUGGAGCCACCUUCAUCACCCACCUCUUCAAUGCCAUGCUGCCUUUCCACCACCGUGACCCAGGCAUUGUGGGGCUCCUGACCAGUGACCAGCUGCCCCCGGGCCGUGGCAUCUUCUACGGGAUGAUCGCUGAUGGCACACACACCAACCCGGCCGCCCUGCGAAUCGCCCACCGGGCCCAUCCCCAGGGGCUGGUGCUGGUCACUGAUGCUAUCCCUGCCCUGGGUCUGGGCAAUGGCCGUCACACGCUGGGACAGCAGGAGGUAGAGGUGGAUGGGCUGACGGCCUACGUGGCAGGCACCACGACGCUGAGUGGCAGCAUAGCGCCGAUGGAUGUCUGCGUGCGGCACUUCCUGCAGGCCACAGGCUGCAGCGUGGAGUCGGCCCUGGAGGCUGCGUCCUUGCACCCUGCACAGCUGCUGGGGCUGGAGAAGUGUAAGGGGACCCUGGACUUUGGAGCUGAUGCAGACUUCGUGGUGCUCGAUGACUCCCUCCAUGUUCGGGCCACCUACAUCUCGGGUGAGCUGGUGUGGCAGGCAGAGGAGGCCAGGCAGUGAUGAGGACCUCGGCUGGAGAGGACACCUGGCCCCAGCUGGACACUCGUCAGGGCCAGGCAGUUGGGGAGCUGGCCUCCAGGGCGAGAGUGGAGCCCUGCCCCAGGCUGACAGCUACAGCUCUUGUGGCCACUCUGGAGGCGACCGGAUAAAUGUGCGCCCAGCGGGGACUCGCCCGUCUCUGGGUUUUGCUUGCACUCGACACUGGGCUCCUUGCUGUUUGCUCCUGCCCUGGUACCCUUCUGGGGACAGCAUUUGUGGCUUGGGGGUGGGAAUGGCUGGAUUCCAGCUCAGCCCGGGCCUGUGGGGCCCCAGUGGAGGAGACAGGGUCCCUCCCUGGUAGGUGGCCCUGCCUGAGGCCUGCAGACACACAGGAAGACGUUAGGAUGAGCAAUGAAUGGGGGCAGAUGGGGACGCUGGUCAGGGCGGGCAGCAUGGAGUGGAAGCCAUGGGCUGCAGGUGGCAGAGCUGGCAGGAGUGGGCCUGGCAUAGGGAGUGCGGACAGCGUCAGGAGUUUGCUGUCUGCACUCCGGACCUGGGUGGGCAGAGCGGAGCCCAAGGCCUAACCUGGGCCAGGGCACAGUGCCAGGGCCUGCACUGCAAUACUUGACCUUCGGGAAGGAGUCCACACUGGCCUCAGCACCCUCUGAGUACAGGAGGCGGUAGUGGCCCGAGCGCCUGACCCCUGCUCCCUGGCCUGCCCAGCGCUCAGUCAAACCACCUCACAGCCCUGGUGGAUAAUCAAGGUUCCAUUUCCUUUGGCGUCUUCUCUCAACAACCCCAUCUGCUGGCCUGAUCCCCAUGAGCUCUCCCACGUCCCAGUGCACAGGCAGUGUGGGGACCCUGUCUGGUGUUGGCGGGCAGCUGGGUGUCACCAGUGUCCUGUGCCCUGAAACCGUUUGCCCUGUUGGUGUCAUCCUGCAGCCUUCCCUGUUCCCUCGGCCCUGGCAGUGCACCCCCGAUCCACUUUCCCACCCCCGUGGGGAGCACGGGCUGUUGGGCUUCUUGGGUAGCUUCGAGGCCGGUGGGCUUUGGGGACCCCCUGGCUCUGAGGACGACCAGGACAUGGGGGACAGAUGUCGGGGUGGGUGGGUGUAGCCCCAGGUCUGGGGUGGGCGGCCCCCUUCCCCUUGCAUACAGGUGCUUGCAGUUCUCAGUGCAGGAUGUUGUGGACGCCACUGCACCUGGCUUGGCCACUGUUUCCUUCUGCGUCUGCUGCAAAGCCCACCAAAGGAAAUGUCUGCAGGCCCAAAGUGACAAAGGUGGUCUCCAGCUCCCACCUGUGUCUGAGGGUGAAUGGCCUUCUGCAGGGCCUCACUGGCCCAGGGCUGAGGGAGGGCCUGGGCAGGUACCACCUGUGGGGGCACAGGGGACCUGUCUCAGCCCACAUGCCCCCAGGGUGCUCACCUUCAGUCCAAGAGUGUGCCGAGGGAUCCUGACCUGAGAGGCGUGGGGUGCAGGGGUGCCUGGGGCCCACCGUGGACAGUGCUGGGCCCUCUGUAUGUGGCUGGCCAACCUCUGCAUGUGCCAGGUCCUAGGGGAGGGCCUGCCCGCAAGGCCUGUCCAUGGGAUAGCGGUGGCAGGGGGGAACAGAUGGACUUCUCGGCAAACAUUAAAAGCUCAGCAGGGCUUGCACACCUCCCUUGCUGGUUGUAAGUA